AUGGCCGGCCUGCCGUGGGAGUGGCUCGCGUGCGGCGUGCUGGCCGCCCUCGCCGUGUUGCGGCUGUGGGGCCCGCUCCGCUUCACCGCUGCGCCGCUUCACCGCCGCGCCCAGCGACCAGCCGCGCGAGUACGCGGCGUCCCCGGCGCCGUCUCCAGCGCCUGGGCGUGGGUCCGAUACAACGUGGGCGGCGCGCCUCUCUUCCACCAUAGGAGGGUGUUGGGUCAAUUGGCGCUCACAAAAGACGUCGUCAUCGUGACCCCAGACAUGGUGUACGCGGAGCGGCUGUUGGCGGCCGCCUGGCUGGCAGCCGCCACGGCCGAGGCCGACGCGGAGUUCGCCUGGCGCCACCCCAGCGCGCCGUUCUUCCCAGGGGGCGCGCUCGUGCUGAUGGCCGGCGGGCUCUUCCCCAGGGCGGUGGCAGCGGCGCCCGCCGCGGGGCCCGCGGCCGUGGCCGCCCCUCCGCCCGUGGCGGCAUGCGCCGUGGUGGUGGCGGGCGGGGCGCCCUACGGACUGCCCCUGGCGGCCGACGCCGCGGCUGCUGCUGCACUGCCUCUGGCGGCGCUGGCGCCCGCUCCCCUCGCCGCCCCCGCUGCGGCCGCGCCCGUCGCCGGCGGGGCGCCUGCGGGCUGGGGCUGGGUGUUCGCUGAGGACGUCGACUCGUUCUCCUUCGGCUCCGUGGUCCAGGUCGGGCCGAUCAGCGGCGUCGUGCUGGCGUCGCGGGCCGGGCGUCGCGCGGUGCUGGUCUUCGGCGGCGGGGUCUCGAGCAUGGCUUUCCUCCUCGAGGCUCGGAAGCGGUUCAGCGCGUUUGACUACGGGCUCGCCGAGCACCGCGCCCUCAGCAUCGCGCUCGAGGACCUCGCCGCCGCCGACGAGGUCAACUUUUCGAGCCCUGUAGGCCGGAGGCGCGAAGUCAUAGUGAUCGCAGCGUCUGGGCCGGGCGCCCGCGGCGGCGAUGUGCAUGGCAGGCGCGGCGCGGCAGGCAGUGGCGGAGGCCCGCCCGCGGCGAACGCGGCGCAGCGGCAGCGCGUGGAUAAUGGGGUCGCGGUGUCCGUCUCCCUGCUGGGCCCCCCGCCCGGCGACCUCGAGCCUGGGUGGGCCUCCGAGCUCCGGGCUACUCUGUCCUGCGACGGAUCGCUGUCGACGGGGGCGGAGGCGAUGGGCGUUUCCUGGCUCUCGCUCCCUCCUCUGGGCAACCGCCCCGCGGCGCUGGGUCGGUCGCGGGGGCCCGAGUGGCCCGUUGUCGACGCCUGGCCUGCCGACGUCUGUUUCGGCGCGCUUGCGAGCGCCCACCUGGCCGCGGACGCGGCGCCGGCGGCGGUGGAGUUCCCCGAGGGCGCCAACGUAUUGGCGGCCUCCGCCGUCGUCGCGGACGCUUUCUACAAAGUGGAAGUCGCCUUGGCCUGCCGCCCGCGCGUCGCCCUGCGCCGUCUCGAGCGCGUCGGCGACUUGGCCGCGCUCUCAUUGGGCCCCUCCGUCGCAGAUCAGAUGAAGGGCGCCAUGGUGUUGAAGCUGCCCUCGCGCGGGCUGCCCAUUCGCGGGGCGUUCGACGGCCGCCGCGGGGCCGUGUCUCCGGCCUCUCAUAGGGUCUGGCAUCUCAUCCUGGCCGCGCGGGCCUCGGUCGCCGUGCCGCAGGUGUCGGCCCGGCAGCUGAGGCGGGUCGUCGGGCGCUGUGCCUUCCUCUUCAUGGUGGGGGGCCCGCUCCUGUCGGUCUUCUCCGCCGUGUGCCGCUUCAUCUCGAAAUCCGCGGGGGGCCCGAAUGCCAGCCUCGGAGCCGAUCGCGAGCCGCGGCAGCAGCGGGAGCGCAUCGACCCCGCAGCCUUCGACCAGCACAGGCGAACGCAGCUGACCUGCGGUCGUGGGCGGCCCUGCAGGGCGGCGCACGGCUCCAGUGGGAUGCAGUCGCCAGCGUGGCCGCGGCGCAGGCUCGGCCUGCCUGGCGCCGACGGCCCAGCCUUCGACGAUGGUGAGGCCGCCGGCCCCGGCCCGGGCGAGGGCCCCGCCCUGGCCGCCGCCCGGGAAGCGCGGCCGCCGUCGCAGGCGGCAGUCCCGCGGAGCUCCGCGGGCCGCGUGCUGGGGGCGCUCUUCGUCGCCGUGACCACGAGGAACAAGUUCCCCGGGCUGUGGCAUGAGCUCUCAGCGUGGCCGGCGACCUCGCCCGCGCAGCUGCGGACGGAGACGGCGGUCGUCGCCCUCGUCGCGGCGAGGCUGAUCGACGUGGGCCAGCAGCUUGUCGUGACCUACGUAGUGGCGACCUUCGCUGGCUACCUGGGGUCCCCAGGGGCCCUCGAGCUGCGGUCGCCGGCCAGCGUCGAGCUGCGCGGCCGCUCGAGGUUCGGCGCGUCCAUCGCCCGCUGCCUGAAGCCCGGCCGCGUCAACGAGCAGAUGCUGCGCCUGGCCCUGGGUCUCGCGGCGCGCCGGCCACGCGGCUGGCUGGGCGCGGGCUUCAUCUGGGGCAUGCAAGUCGGCGUCUCGCGCCAGACUUGGAAGGGGGAUCAGGGGCGCCGGGCCGCUCAUGCUACCAAUCCCGUCUGGCUCGUGGCCCAGCAGGCCGAGGCGACGAGCGGCCUCCUGGACGACGAGGCGAGCGCUCUGCGCAAGCGGAGGGCCCUGGGCAACGUGAAGUUUGUCGGCCAGCUCAUCCUCCGCGGCAUGCUGAGCGCGAAGCUUCUGAUCACCUGCUCCGAGGAGCUCCUCGGAUGCUGGCAGGAAUGUGGGGACGCCCUGGAGUCUCUGGCGGCGCUCCUGCCGGUGGCGUGCCCGACGUUCGACGCUGAGGCGUGGCCGCUCAAGCGGCAGCUGGACGCCAUCUUCAGCCGCAUGAGCGAACUUGCGGCGACGCCCGCCGUGCCACCGCGCACGCGCUUCCUGCUGCGCGACGUGCUCGACCUGCGCGUGGCUGGCUGGCCCAGCCGGAGCGGCGCGGCCGCGAAGGGGCCCGCACCGAUGACCCUGGAGCAGGUCCGCGGGUCUCAAGCCUCUGGCGACUGCGGCAGCGGCGGCGUCCAGGCGCUGCCCGCCGCCUGCGCCGCGGCGCGCGCGGGCGGCCCGCCGCGCAGCGCCCGCAGCGCCCUGCGCGCCGACGCGGCGGAGUUCAUCCCAGCGACGGGACUGAACGGCGCCAGAAUGAGCAAAUUCGAGCAAAUUCGCGAGGUCCUCACCGGCCAGGUGUACAAGCGUGCAGGAAGAAAGCCGAUCCAUUCUAAGUACCACGGUGUGACCUUCAUCCUACACGCGACGGACGCGAACACCAACUUGCGGGAACCGAGCAAAGCCUUACCGUUUCUCCUUUACCUUACGGACACCCUGACCCCCAAAGGGGCGACGGCGAUACACUCUCACAGCGACAACUCCGUCUUCGUGCAGAAGAACUUCCGCCUCACAACUCAGACUCGGGCAGACUUCUGCGCAGCCGAAGGAGACCCCAACGGUGACCUCGUGCCUCUGGUUGUAGUGAGCAACGAGGAUCUUUUUUACCUGCUGAGCUGGAAGGCAAGAUCCUUCCACGUGGGCAUUUCUGUCCUCGACGACAGCGCCCUCAGGCGCGACGCCGACCGCGAGUGCGACGACGCACUGGGCGCCGCCAAGACGGAGAUAUAG